AUGAAAUUCGCUGACCAUCUGACCGAAUCUGCCAUCCCGGAGUGGAGGGACAAGUACAUUGACUACAAGGUCGGCAAGAAGAAGCUCAAGCGCUACAAGGAUAAGCUGACCGCGGAGGAACAGCGGUCCAGCUCCGGUCGGAGCUGGACCCCUCCCGUGUCGCUGUACCAGACGGAGGCCCAGCGGAGGAUUCCGUCUGCCGACUACCGUACCGGGCAAGUGAGCAAGAAGGAAUACUCUGGGCUGCAGCGGGAGUUCGUAUCCGAGUUCAUCGAGGACUGGCUGAUCGCGUUCCAGCUGAGAAAGUGCAACGAGUUUUACCUCUGGCUGUUGAAGGAGUGUGACAAGAAGUUUGAGGUUUUGGAGUCGCAGCUGCACUACUACUUGCUGCAAAAAAACUAUGAGCGCGACGUGUUGAACAGGUCCACCUCCAGCGUCGACAUUUCCUCGAGCCUGUACCAGGCAGGAUCCGGCAACGUUGAUGGCGGGUACGGCUCGAUGGCGGGUGCCCAGGACACGACUCCGCCACGGCUAUCGCCACUUGCGUAUUGCCGCAAGGUCCUGAAGGACAACCGGUUGCUACCCUCGUGGCCCAAGCGAGGAUUCUCAUUGCUGCACGACGUGACGCAGGACUCGUCGUCCAGGGGCCGUGAGACGUUUGCCUUCGGAGCGUCGUUCUUGGACACCAUGACCAUGACGCAGGCCCGGAACCUGUUGAGCAACGCCAUCAUCGAGUACUACCUGUACUUGCAGUUGGUUAAGUCGUUCCGUGAUAUCAACGUGACCGGGUUCCGUAAGAUGGUCAAGAAGUUCGACAAGGCGUGCUACACUAAGGAGUUGCCCUCGUUCAUGUCGUACGCGAGGGCCAACUACACCCUCUUCAAGCACGCGGACGCCAACGUGCAACUGGUUGCGCAACAGAUGCAACAGAUAACCAGCUCCCAGCCGGCAACGACCGCGGAGCUGUCCUCUGCCCAAAGAGACAAGGAGCCCAUCACUUGGCUGGAAACUCAGAUCAGCGAGUGGUACACCACCGCAUUGACCAACACCCCGAAGGACAAGAAGCAUAACACCCACAAGUUGAAGAAGCUGACCAUCCAGUACUCCAUAUCCGAGCAAAUGGUCCAUAGAAACAACAGGUCCAUCGUGCAGAUGUUCGUUGUUGGCCUGGGCAUCGGUAUCUCGAUGGCUCUGAUCACUUUCACCUUGUAUCGGGCCAUUAGCUCCGAUCAGGCUUCCUUCACGCACAAGAUCUUGUUCCCGCUGUGGGGCGGUUGGUACAUGGUCAUGUUGAUCGCGUUCCUGUUCCUUGUGAAUUGUUACAUCUGGCAUAAAACCGGAAUUAAUUAUAGAUUUAUUAUGCUGGGUGAGAUUCAAUCCAAGAACGGUACACAAUUCUUUAACAAUGAUUUUGCCACGAGCAAAAUCCCUCUCAAAAUGUAUUUCUUGACUUUUUUCAUUUUGUCCUGUGCGGUUUGUUCCAUGUUGAGUUUUGCAUUGGAAAGACUUACUCCCAUGGGGUUUAUAUACAUUGGUAUCGUGUUUUUCCUGUUUGUUUGCCCCUCUGGUCUCAUCCCAUACUGGGAUAAAGUCGUACAUACGAGAAAAUGGCUAGUAGUGACUCUUAUCAGACUGAUGAUGUCUGGUUUCUUCCCCGUCGAGUUUGGUGAUUUCUUCCUGGGUGAUAUCAUCUGUUCGCUAACCUACUCCAUUUCCGAUAUCGCCAUGUUUUUCUGUGUUUACUCGCAAACCCCCAACAAUCUAUGCGGCUCUUCCCAUUCCAUAGCAAUGGGUGCCUUGUCUUGCCUACCAAGUUAUUGGAGAUUCAUGCAGUGUUUGCGAAGAUUCGCCGACUCUGGUGACUGGUUCCCACAUCUUUUAAAUGCCGCUAAAUACACUUUAGGUAUCGCGUACAAUGCCACUCUUUGUGCUUACAGAUUGUCUGAUCAUUCAGACAAAAGAAGAACACCCUUCAUUGUGUUUGCCACGUUGAAUUCGCUCCUCACUUCCGCUUGGGAUCUUGUCAUGGAUUGGUCCGUUGCUCAUAACACCACAUCUUACAAUUGGUUGCUAAGAGACGACUUAUAUUUAGCCGGUAAGAAAAACUGGGAAGACGGGAGCUAUUCAUUCAGAAGGAAACUGGUUUAUUAUUUUGCUAUGGUCUGGGAUAUCCUCAUUAGAUUCGAAUGGAUUGUGUAUGCAAUUGCCCCUCAAACGAUUCAACAAAGUGCCGUGACGUCAUUUAUUUUGGCUACUUUGGAAGUUAUUAGAAGAUUUGUUUGGAUCAUCUUUAGAGUCGAAAAUGAACAUGUCGCUAACGUCCAUCUAUUCAGAGUCACCGGUGAUGCUCCCUUACCUUAUCCAAUCUCGCAAGUUGGUGAUGAUACUGAAAGUAGUGAACUGGGUUCCAAAUAUUUGUCAUCGAUAAAUGAUAUACCUAUUACGCCCUCACGUGAUAACGAUCCGCACAACGUCGAAGAACCCGCACCCGCAUACCGUGGGACCUUCAGGAGAAGGUCUUCUGUAUUUGAAAACAUCUCAAGAACAAUUCCCUGGGCUCAUGCAACUGACUUUCAAAGGCCAACAGUUAAUACUGUGGAUGACAGAUCACCUGAAACGGACAGUGAAAGUGAGAUGGAUAGUGUGAUGUGA